AUGGCCAGUGCCCCCAAGAAGAUGCAAUACGGUACGUCUGACCCUUUCGGUGUCGACCGCGAUGGGAACAACUAUGCUCACCUCGCCCACUACACCAUUCGAUCUUCAGUUCGCCUUGGCAAUUCUGGGCUUAAGAUCUCGAAGAUUGUCCUAGGGUGUAUGACCUAUGGCAGUCCUGGAUGGCAAGGAUGGGUUCUUGAAGAGGAGGAAGCGAUCAAGCACAUCAAAUUCGCGUAUGACCAGGGCAUACAAUCAUUCGACACCGCUAACGUGUAUUCCAAUGGUCUUUCUGAAAUCAUCCUAGGGAAGGCUAUCAAACAACACAAACUACCCCGCGACGAGAUCGUCGUCAUGACCAAGCUUUGGGGAACCGUAGCCCGCGAACACGGAUACAGUUUCCUCCGGACAGGCGCGAAUCCAGACGAGAAUGGGUACAUCAACCAACAUGGUCUGAGUCGCAAGCAUAUCUUUGAAUCCGUUAAGCACAGUCUCGAGCGGUUACAGCUUGACUACAUCGACCUUCUGCAAUGCCAUCGCUUCGAUCCCACUACUCCCAUUGAAGAGACCAUGCAAGCGCUGCACGAUGUCGUGAAGGCGGGUUAUGUUCGCUACAUCGGAAUGAGCUCGUGCUGGGCAUAUCAGUUCCACGCAAUGCAAAACUACGCCAUCGCGAACAAACUGACACCGUUCAUAUCUAUGCAGAACCACCACAACCUCAUCUAUCGAGAAGAAGAGCGGGAAAUGUUCCCUACAUUGAAGCUGUUUGGCGUUGGCGCCAUUCCAUGGUCUCCCCUCGCCCGUGGAAUGUUGUGUAGACCACUCAGCGAGAAGACACAUCGCAAAGAAACUGACCCUUAUGUUGGUAUUUACGAUGCGAGCAAUGCCGGAACAGCGGAAAUCAUCAAACGCGUCGAAGAAAUAGCUACGAAGAAGAACAUCAGUAUGGCCCAAGUAUCCGUUGCUUGGUCCCUUUCUAAAGAAGGCGUGAGCGCUCCCAUCGUCGGCACAACUAGCCUCAAGAACUUGGAAGAGAUGAUUGCUGCGGUGAGCAUAGAACUCACAAAAGAAGAAAUUGCGUAUCUGGAAGAACCAUACACGCCGGUGGCGAUUGCCGGUCACUGA